AUGAGUCUUGAUCCUAUUGAAGAGGAGUUGGGAGAAGGAUUGCCUAGUAAUGUGAUAGAUGACAAUGAACCGAAUAUCAUAAAUAUUCAUCCGUCGGAUGCAUGGGCUACUUGGAGGAUGGAACUAGCCAACCAAAUGUUCGAUGAAUGGCAAUUAUGUCGGUUUUUCCCAAUCAAGUGUUUCUUCCCGAGUUCUCGAGGAACCAAAGAAAAUGGGUUCAGAAGAAGAUCUGCGUUGGUUGCUUGUAUGGUCGACUUGCACAAUGCUGGAACCUUUAAUGCGGAUACGGGAUUCAAAGCCGGCUAUUUAAAUGAGUUAGAAAAGAUGAUAGAAAAAGUUUUACCCAAUGCCAUGUUGAAGGCUAAACCUAAUCUUGAAUCGAGGAUUAGGAUAUUGAAAAGGGAUUGGUCAAUCGUUUAUGACAUGCUUAGUGGAAAAAACAAUAGCGGCUUUGGUUGGGAUGAGCAUAGGCAGCUUGUUGUUGCUGAAGAUGCGGUGUGGAACUCAUAUAUAAGUAGUCAUAAAGAAGCAGCUCAAUUCAGACAUCGGAGUUUCCCUUAUUAUGACCAACUUACUGCCAUCUACGCAAAAGAUCGAGCCACUGGAAAAGAUGCUCAAACAGCUGCUGAUAUUAUUGAAGAAAUAAAUGUUGAAGAUGUAGCUGCUACAAAUUCUCAUGAAGAAAGAAACGAUUUCCAUGGAUCUGAAGUUGAUGUUUCUUUAGAUGACAUGGAUCUUUCAGCUACACAACCUCAACCAGAACCGCAACUAGCUAGAAACUAA